GUAUCAUCCACAUACUGAUGAACACCCAGCCCAAGCCCCCUGAUGAUCUCUCCCAGCGGCUGCAUGUAGAUGUUAAAAAGCAUGGGGGAGAGAACGGAACCCUGAGGCACCCCAUAAGUGAGAGCCCAGGCGUCUGAACAUUCAUCCCCCAACACCACUUUCUGAACAUGGCCCAGGAGGAAAGAGCGGAACCACUGUAUGAGAGUGCCCCCAGCUCCCAAACCCUCUAGACAGUCCAGAAGGUUGAUGGUGUCAAAAGCUGCUGAGAGAUCCAGCAGCUUUGACAUUACAUAUUGGGGUCUACCAUUGGGCAGCUACUGAUGUCUCAGUGGCCUCAGAGGGCAACACUGCUGCCCCUGAACAGAGGAAACUGGUGGGCAGAUGGCCCAUCUGAUGGGAUACUGCUGAGGCUUCUCAAAACCUAGCUAUGUUGUCCACUAUAACCCCUAAAUGAUCUCUGGAACCUAUUUUGUUUAUACUGUAGCCGCAUUCUCCAUGUUAUUAUAAUUUUGAAAGUAGCUACCAUUAACCUUUCUGUGCUGUCUUACAUAGUGCUGGGAUACAUUGGGAUAGUGUCAGACUGGGACUAUAUCUCCCAUAACCUCGUUUGUUUACAAGUAGAAAAGCUAUGGAAGAUAUCAUGCAGAUGACUUCUUGUUUUGUUCCAAUAGCAAUAAUAAUUUAUUAAAUUUCUAUACCACCCUUUAUCCGAGAUCACAGAGUGGUUUACAAUAUAAAAACACAACAAUGCAUAACAUAGUAACAAACAAAAACAAUUAACACCCCCUGCCACAGUUUAAAAGGCCAUCAAUUGUUUAAUUAGCCAAAUUCCUGGACUGUUUUUGCCUGGUGCCUAAAGAUAUGUAAUGACAGCACCAGACAAGCCUCGCUGGGGAGAGCAUUUCACAAAUGGUGAGCCACCACAGAAAAGGCCCGCUCUUCUUUUGCCACCCUCUAGACCUUAUGUGGAGGAGGCACAUGAAGAAGGGCCUCAGAUGAUGAUCACAGGGUCCAGGUUGGUUCAUAUGGGGAGAGGCAGUUAUUGAAGUAUUGUGGUUUAAGGGUAUGAGCUAUUUAAGGCUUUAUGGGUCAAAAUAAAGCCCUUAACUGCCGUUAAUUUAAUUUUGAAACAAACAUUAAUAUGUUGUUGUUGUGGGGAGGGGGAAGUGAUAAAUCUAUUAAUUUGUUUUGCAAUGGCUGAUGAGAGGACAUGUUUUCCUCUACAGCUAGAGAGAGUAUGGAACUGUGGGCUUUUGGUUCAUCUUGUUUUGAAACCUUCCCAAUAGAAGAGAUUAUAAAGUCUUGUUUUUUCCUUAGCCUUUUCCUUAGCAUUCCUUAGCAUUGCUGCUGCCUUGUUUGUUUAGGAAGGGCCAUAGCUCAGAGGUAGAAUAUUUGCUUUACAUGCAGGAAGGUCCCAAGCUCAAUCCCUGGUCUCUCUAGGAUAGGCUGGGAGAGACCCCCGCCUAAAAGCCUGAAUAGCUGUUGCCAGUCAGUGUGUAGAUAUAUGGACCAGUAGUCUGACUUAGUAUAUAUUCCUACAUCUGGUAAAAUGAAUCUUUAAACAGUUUAGCACCAGCCGCCAAUGUAAAACUCCUAUUUGGACAUAAAAGUGUAUGGCAUUAACUUGCAUUAACUGUCCUCUGUUAGGAAAUGGCUUAUCCUGAUUUCUGCUCACCUUCUGCAUAUAACAGGCUAUCACUACCCAAAUAUUUUAUGGUGUAUUUAAAUACAGUGGUACCUUGGUUUACGAACUUAAUCCGUUCCGGAAGUCCGUUCUUAAACCAAAGCAUUCUUAAACCAAGGUGUGCUUUCCCAUAGCAGCGGGGGACUCAAUUUACAAAUGGAACGCAAUCAACAGGAAGCGAAACAUGUUCUUAUUCCAAGGCAAAGUUCACAAAUCAGAACACCUACUUCCAGGUUUGCAGCGUUCUUAAUCCAAGCUGUUCAUAAACUAAGCUGUUUUCAAAGCAAGGUACCACUGUAGUUAUUUUCAUAUCAGUGCUGUAGUGUUGCUGAACUGGACACAGCUCUCAGCACCCUUCUGGUUCCCCCCCCCCCCCCCCAUCCUACCAAUCAGACUUGUGAUUUGGAAUCUGACAAAUAGAUAAGAUACAAGGGAAGGAACUGAUGUAUCAGUUAGUUAGUGGUAUUACUAAAGCACUGGCACCAAGUAUCCUGUUAGUUGCCAUGGGGUUUCCUCAAAUGUAGUUCUUGGAAGCAUUUGGAAGGCAUUUCUUCUGAGGUACGGUAGUAGGUUACAGAGAACCAUAACUAGCCUGUUAAUUUCUCUUCCUCUGAUCUUUCUCAUAGUACUUCCCUAGUCCAGAUCAGCAAAGCUUUUAAGGAGAAGGUGGACAGACAUACAUGAGUUCAUUUGCCCAGAGACGUAUGCAGCCUUAUAUAGGUGGAAGAACAACAAAAUUGUAUUGUGGCUUAAAAGAAUCUUAAAAACGGACAAAUUUAUUAUGGCAUAUGCUUUAAUGGACUAAAGUCCACUUCAUGCCAGUGAUGGAAACUGUGAACAGAGGACGAGGGAAACUCAGCAGGCAGCAAUUGCAUCCAAUGCUCUGGUGUCGGUUUUUCUGAGGAAAGGCUUUGUAAAAAGGAACAUAACUAUUCUACUUCAGUGAUAGCAUUUAUUGUUUUCUGUUUUGCUUUCCUUACUUUUGAAUCAGGAAAAACCUCCAAAGAAGCCCUGAGAGGGUAGCAGAAGCCGCCAGAAGUCUGUGCUUUAUAAAGAAUAACAUGAAAGAUUAAAAAUAAAAAGGAAGUGAAACAGUUUGAAUGCCAACAGUGCCACUGAAAAAGAAGUGAGGAUAGUGCGAACUGGCAGAAGUUUGGGGAGGGUUUAUGGGCCCACAGCAAAACUGAAAUAGGAGGCUGGGUGGGCCGUUCACAACAGUUCCCCCCACCCCAUGUGAAUAAAUCUACAGAUUGAAAUGAGCUGCCUAGCGUAAGGGUGGGUCCUUGUCACUACUACUCUUCCUUCCUCACGGGCAAUGGAGAGGGAGGGCAUCAUAAUGAGCUUUUAGAUGCCAAAGUAAGGAACAGACACUGCAAAAGCCCAGAAGGAGAUGUAAUGGAAAGCUAGGGAAAGCCAAGCAGCAAGAGAUCAUCAAGUCCUGUGCCCUCAGCUACUCCUGUGACAUGAAUAUGUCCAAAGUCAUACUCCUCAAAUGGAAGAGAAUUUGGGUGAAGGCAAUGAACAAUGUUCUUUUUAAACAUUUUGGUGGCAAAAGGCAGAGACACAGAAAACCCUAUUUUUGUAACUUCUCCUUAGGCUUUAAUAAUACAGGCAUGAUCUUACCUGUGUAAAGUCUUCACGUGUGCCUGAUUACAUUUAAAUGCAGUUACCAUGUGUGCUUUCCCUUUCAUGUGUAAUGUCAUCAUCCUAACAAAACCAGGCCAUUGAUAACUGGCAUGCUACAUUUACAAAUGAAUUGGCCAGCAUGGCAGGUACAUUUUAAUGUGACUGGGCACACAUAUGAAGUAUAUGUGUUAAGGACUUUCACCAUGGCCCACUAUCAUCUGGAUUAAGCAGGCCAUGGUAAGUAACUCUUGGUAAGCAUUGUCUUCAAGUAGCUCUAACUAUCAGUUUCCUAUCAGUCCUGGGGCAACAAGAUUCCUUUCAUGGGCUUUGAUUAGUUGAGUCUGUUCAUUUUUAACGAUCACCUACCAUUUCUUCAGUGCUGUUCCACCCUCCCCCCAUUGCAAACACCUCUGCAGCAUCUGCAUUGCUUCUGAAUAGUGUGUUAAGGGAUGACUGCCACGUUAAUGAGUCUGUUAUUCCAUCUUCUUGGAUGAAAAUAGUGAAAAUAUUUAGAGUUUGCAGGCUGCCUAGAGUUUUUAAGUAGGGAAAAAAACCUGGAGGGUGACUUGAACUACUAGUAAGUGGAAAAUGUUGCAACCCAUGAUGUGUUAAUAAUUCCUGUGGUGAUAUGUUCUAUAGACAUGGAAUGAUUAUCGGGCUACACAGUCAAGACUUAACACUGAUUGUUGGCAUUUUUGUUGUGCUGGAAGAACAAAUGAGUCAUGCAAAGAACUCAGUCUUCAGAUAAUCUUAGAUAUUCUGUUAACUUUUGAGGAUUAGCUUCUCCUUGGUCGAAAGGGCAAUUUGGGUUUCCUUUCUCAGUGGGAAGUUUGCUUUAACCCCCAUUUCCCUCUUCAAUGGGUUUUCGGGUGGGAAAGCACAUUAUAUUUUAAUGAACUAAUACAAAACAAUUUCACUAUGCUUUGACAGAUGUUUUGAGUAAGACCUCUAGAUGUAUUGCUAUAAGUAAACUUUUAACUGAUUUAAUAGUAAUUGCAUCUUCUUAAAGAACCCUGGGAUGCAAUCCCUAAUUGAUGCUGGUCUGAAGUUUUUGCAUGUAAAUUUUGGGGCUGCAGCAAAAACAAUUAUAUUCAGUCUUUGGGUUUUGUACAGAGGCUUAGCUGCUCUUGGUCACACCAUGUCCCUGGGACGGGAGAGUGACCCCCAUUACCUGCCCACCCCAAAAGUAACCAUGCACCCCCUCCCUUUUAUGGAGGAUGAAUGGUCCUCCAAAAGAGCAUACAUUUAUCUUAAACACACUUACUAGGGAAUAGGCCCAUUGAAAACAGUAGGACUUACUUCUGAGUAAACAUGUAUACGAUUACAGUGCUAGAAUCCAAGCAAAUUCUUUGAACUUUUUCCAAACAGCAAAAGAUUCUUGGGAGAAGGCCGUGACAGUUAAAGAUUUCUUCCCCAACCAAUAUGAAACCUGGUAUCUGUGUGCCCUGGGUAUGCUUUUCUGAAACCCUCCUCUCAUACAUGAAGUACUGUACCCUGCUUGCUUUUUCAUUUUGCUUGUGGCUCUUGGUGAAGUUGUGUGAUUGCCUCAUCAUAUGCUUAGCUAGCAAUUUAAGCCUGCCAUGCAACCACAAAACUGACAGAAGCUAAUUGAACCAAAGCUUGAUUAAAUGCAGGUUGUGCUGUGAGCUAGGUAGAUUACACAUGAAGCAAUUCCACAACUUUUCAGAUUUUGCAGGUGCAUUUAUCCUAUAUUCUUGAUGUACCAAUAUGUUGACUCUUCCUGCAACUGGCAUGAUAACUUGGAAAUUUCUUGAGGAUACAGGGCAUAAAUUAAAUGAAUUAAUAAAUAUCAUAGUGUGCUAAUUGGAUAGAGAUGUUGGGUACCAAAUGCAGGCAACUCCCCAUUUGCACACGUUUGAGGCACAUACAACUGAUACGUGCACCGUUUUCAGCACCGGAAGGGUGGGGCUUAUGUGCGUCCCGCCAACUCGCGCGGUGUCUUGGAAUGAAACCCCCUUGCAAAUGGGGAAUUGCCUGUAUGCUUCUUAGAGUGGUUAUUUGAUUCUCUUUGGGUACUAUGGGAAGUCACUGAAUGCAUUUCUAAAGUUAUCAUUUAGUCUAAAACUAGUUUUAAAAUAUUAUAUGCCAUGUGGCACUAGUAUGUGGUUCAGAGCCUGUUACUAGAUCAAAAGGCUGUGUUUUGCUCCUGCUGAGUAGACCAGUGCAUUUGCUUAUGUAUAAAAAUGUCCUUGUCUUUUCUGCUCAGCAUUUGUUCUGCGAAAUAGAUCUGUGUGAAUGCUAAAACUGUUUCCAAAUGGAAGUGAGACUUAUAAGCAAGCUAAAUGACACAGUUUAGAGUAUCUGAUGUUUCUAUAAAUAUAUAGGAGGGAAAGUAUAGCUUGAAAAAGUUAAGUACUUCAAAGGGCUGGCUAUACUUUUCAGAGGCAACUGUAGCUUUGGAUAAAAUAGAAAGAAAGGAAUCAAUACUUGUAAUUGCAUGGAUGGAGUUAAAAAUAUCUUCGGAGGUUAGAAAGUUGUUAACAUGACAGCUACAUUUAUGCUACAAAUCUUUCCCCAGAGCCUAUAAUCAUACCAGAAGUUACUGUAGAUCUAUAUGACUUUGCAUUUUAACAUAAUCUUCAAAAGUAGAAUAAAUUUGCACGAGUUUUGGAUUUCCUCAGCAGCAAAUGUAGUGAAUUAAUUUUCAGUCAAGGAACCUCCAGUUCAGUUCUGUAACAUAUAACUCUGGAAAUUAUCAAUUGAUUGUUUCCUUUUUCUUCCAGGAAAAGAUUAAGAAACCACCUUUCAUUCUCAUUUUUGAAGGAAAUGAAUUGAGAAUCAUUUAACAUUAUCAGUGAUUAAGAACAUUCUCUAGAAACUUGUUUGUACUAUCAAAACCCUCUCUUGUUUUAAAAUAUAUCCUAUUGCUGUGGGUCCUCAGAAGCCAUAAGUUGGAGAGAGUAAACCAAUAGUGAAAACCAAACGCUAUCAACCAGUAAUCUUUUUAAAUACAGGCAAGAUAGCCAAGCAAAGGCUACGGAGAUUUAAAAAAAAUUGGUAAACUGGAUUUUUUAACCAGGUAAGAAAAUAAUAAUAAUAAUAAUAAUAAUAAUAAUAAUAAUAAUAAUAAUAAUUUAUUAUUUAUACCCCGCCCAUCUGUCUGGGCCUCCCCAGCCACUCUGGGCAGCUUCCAACAGAUUAAAAUACAAUAAUCUAUUAAACAUUAAAAGCUUCCCUAAACAGGGCUGCCUUCAGAUGUCUUCUAAAAGUCUGGUAGUUGUUAUUCUCUUUGACAUCUGAUGGGAGGGCGUUCCACAGGGCGGGUGCCACUACCGAGAAGGCCCUGUGAGGAGUAGCAAGUACCCACUAAGGGGUUAAGCUGUGUGCUAUGUGCUGUGUGUCACCUGAUCACUGGGAGGUCCCACAUACGGGAAUGUUUCUUUGUUCUGUCUGUGUGAAAAUUAGUUUCGGUUUUGUCCAGAGAAGGGAGAGCAGCCAUGCCGUCUAACUCUCCCGGUUAGAUGUUAUAUCUUUCUGUAAAUAAAGCAAUUAGUUUAGUAAAGAGAAGCUGUUCUUUGUGAAUUAUUGUGAGCUACUUCCAGUUAAGUUCACACAAGGUUUCACUACGCAAGGAGAAAGAAGAUACUCUGCAGUUUCUUUGCCAAGAGUCCGCUGAUAAGGAAGCGCGACUGGACCCUGAAGGUGGCAAAGACCUAAUGAACUAAUCAAUCACUCAUUAGGGCCGUAAAACUCAACAGGCCCUCUGCCUGGUUCCCUGUAGCUUUGCUUCUCGCAGUGAGGGAACCGCCAGAAGGCCCUCAGCGCUGGACCUCAGUGUCCGGGCAGAACGAUGGGGGUGGAGACGCUCCUUCAGGUAUACAGUCCCAUUGUCUUAAUUUGCAUUCUGCAAAUCUCUUUUGAUCUCUAGUGUUGUAUGGGGUCAUGCAAAGGGAUAUGCAGACAAUCCAGAGAUCCACCUGCCCCACAUUCUAUUUCAGUACUUCCUCUGACAUAUGUUUUGGAAUACGACAGCAAAACUCAGAUUUGUGUGCACUUAUCCACCUGAGAUUUAGGAAGAGCAAUGUGUAUUGUUAUAAAUGAAUUCUAAAUAGGAGUCAUAAUGCAUCUGUAUACAGCUUUAAAAAUUUCUGUGCUAACUGCAAAAUAGAAUGGAUUUUAUUUCAAACCUUGUUAAUUCAUUCAUAAUUUCAAUUUUUAAAAAUAGCAAGCCUGAAAUGACUUUCAGUAGUAGGGUUUUUGGGGGGAUUUGGAAAUUGAGGGGAUUUACUAAACUGAUGACUCUUUUUUGCUUUUAUAAAUUUUCUCCUUUGGGCAGCACUUUCUAAGUAUUACAGCCGGGUGAAUCAAAUCAGAAAUCUGAAUGAAGCACUAAGCGACUGCAUUAGAGUUCAUUCUUGGAAACGUUCACCUAUAUCACACAGUACUUCCAGGAAGGAAGGCACUGCCUUUACACUGUAGUUACCUUACACUUUAAUUGGUUUUUUAAAACACCAGGAAGAAGAGGAGACCUCCCUGGAACUAUUUUCAAUGAGAUGAAGUAGAAAGCUUCAUACCUUGUCAUCAGUAAAGAACACACAGUAAUCUAAGUGGCACCAACACAGUGGCCUGGUUCACACGUCACAGUAAGCCAAGCUUAUCGGGACUGUGUGAAUUUUCUGGCUUCUGGAGAUUAGGCUGCACCCACUUUGUUUCUUGCUGGGCUUUUUUAGCUCAGCAUGAUACAGCAGCUGUAUCAUCCAGAUAAAGGAUUAUGGUUGAACUCUCUCUUCCUUAGCUAUGAUCUGGAACCAAGAACAAAACUAGUGCUCUUUCCGUCAUGUACCACUUCAGUGCUUUAUUUCUAGCUUGUAUUAAGCCACAGUUCCCUCUUAUGUCAGAACCAGACACUUUGGCUUAAGCCAGGUGUGUUAUAUUAACACAUGACAUUAAACUAGAUGUGACAUUAAGCUAGAAUUCCUUGAUUGGACAUAAUGGGGUAACUGUCUUAAUACAAUCCAGAAUUGAAGUGCCACAUUGGUAUGAAAGAGGAGAAAAACUCAUCCCUGGCAUUUCCCUUCAUAAUCAUGGUUUAUGAAACCUGGAAUUAUCAUCUACAUCAUGCCAUUAUAUCUGAAUAGCUAAACCAUGGUUUGCAAAUGUCCAGAAGCCAGAAACCAUAAUUUGAAAUGGGUUUGUAAUGGUUUGCAGUACAUCUGUAUUGAUUAAAACAUGAUUGUGAUUAUUGCUCCAGAAACCUCCUUACUGUAGAGAUAGAAGUGUUCAAGCAGGCAGAAACCAAAAACCCACACUGUUGUUUCCUGAGCACAAUCUGUUUCGCACUGUGGGUAUACUUGCAGGUGGGAUCACUUCAGCUCUUUGCACCUCUCCUCUGUUCAGAACAGAAGGGAGGGAGGGUACCCAGUCCUGGCAUCCAAUGAAAAGUGUGCAUGUUAAGAGGGGAUUAUAUAAUGUAUGAGAGACUGAGCCACUGCAAAUAAGAAGAGCAAUCAGUGUUUUAUGCAUUUUAGAUUUUAAGGGGAUAUUUACUGAGACCUUUCAAGAAAUACUAGUCAGGACGCUGCUGGCUGCUCUGGAGGGCACCAGGACCAGUCUUACAGAAGCUCUUGAAAAAAUGUGGUGAAUAAAAACUUGCUCUGUUUACAGGGGGGAAAUUCUGGUUUACAGCAAAGUAUGCAGAUGAACUUUUACAGAGCUGGCACUGUUUUCUUCUGUGCACAAGAAUGUGAAAUACCUUCAGAAAAAGGAUUUUAGAUAAUGGGCUGUGUGCAAUGUAAGGAUAAAGAAGCAACAAAACUGACAGAUGAGAGAGAUGGCAGUUUAAACCAGAGUUCAGGUUUUCGCUAUGGAACAGAUCCCACCCCUCAACAUUACCCAAAUUUUGGUGUGACUUCAAUUCCAAACUACAACAACUUCCCCACAGCCGGUGGACAGGGGCUGACCGUCUUUGGUGGUGUAAAUUCCUCAUCACAUACGGGCACACUGCGAACAAGAGGAGGCACAGGUGUAACUCUUUUUGUGGCUCUGUAUGAUUAUGAAGCAAGAACAGAAGAUGAUUUAAGUUUUCAUAAAGGAGAAAAAUUUCAGAUACUUAACAGCUCGGAAGGAGACUGGUGGGAAGCCCGUUCUUUGACUACAGGAGAAACUGGCUACAUUCCCAGUAAUUAUGUGGCUCCAGUUGACUCCAUCCAAGCAGAGGAAUGGUACUUUGGCAAACUUGGACGAAAGGAUGCUGAGAGGCAGCUGCUAACAUUUGGAAAUCCGCGAGGAACUUUUCUGAUUCGUGAGAGUGAAACCACCAAAGGUGCCUAUUCAUUGUCUAUUCGUGACUGGGACGAUAUGAAAGGAGAUCAUGUCAAACAUUAUAAAAUUCGCAAACUUGACAAUGGAGGAUAUUACAUUACAACCAGGGCACAGUUUGAAACUCUUCAACAGCUUGUUCAGCAUUAUUCAGAGAGAGCUGCAGGUCUUUGCUGCCGCUUAGUAGUCCCUUGUCAUAAAGGAAUGCCAAGGCUUACUGAUCUGUCUGUCAAAACCAAAGAUGUCUGGGAAAUUCCACGAGAGUCACUACAGUUGAUCAAGAGACUGGGAAAUGGGCAGUUUGGGGAAGUAUGGAUGGGUACUUGGAAUGGAAAUACUAAAGUGGCAAUAAAGACUCUGAAGCCUGGCACAAUGUCCCCAGAAUCAUUCCUGGAGGAGGCUCAGAUCAUGAAAAAGCUAAAACAUGACAAACUGGUCCAGCUCUAUGCUGUGGUAUCCGAAGAACCUAUCUACAUUGUCACAGAAUAUAUGAGCAAAGGAAGUUUGCUAGAUUUCUUAAAAGAUGGAGAAGGAAGAGCUUUGAAAUUGCCAAACCUAGUGGAUAUGGCAGCACAGGUUGCUGCAGGAAUGGCUUACAUUGAGCGAAUGAAUUACAUACAUAGAGACCUGCGUUCUGCAAACAUCCUGGUGGGAAAUGGUCUAAUAUGCAAGAUUGCUGAUUUUGGACUAGCAAGAUUAAUUGAAGACAAUGAAUACACAGCCAGACAAGGUGCAAAGUUUCCAAUAAAAUGGACUGCCCCUGAAGCUGCAUUGUAUGGAAGGUUUACAAUAAAAUCAGACGUCUGGUCCUUUGGAAUAUUGCUGACAGAGCUAGUAACAAAAGGGAGAGUGCCAUAUCCAGGUAUGAAUAAUCGUGAAGUCCUGGAGCAGGUAGAACGGGGCUAUAGGAUGCCAUGCCCUCAGGAUUGCCCCAUCUCCUUACAUGAGCUCAUGAUCCACUGCUGGAAGAAAGACCCAGAAGAGCGCCCAACAUUUGAGUACUUGCAGGGUUUCCUUGAAGACUACUUUACUGCAACUGAACCCCAGUACCAGCCAGGUGACAACCUGUAAUUUUUCUGGUCUGUGCAGACUACAGUUAUCAGGUGUUCCGACUGCAGCUGACAAAGGCUGACUAGCUACUUCCAAAGGCUGCAUCUUAAGAGCACCCAAAAGCACUGGAGCCAGAAGCUGAGAAUUCCCAGACCUAACCUGCCGUAAAGAUCUGAAUGUCUUCUAUGAACAGAAAAGUGAACACUUGAUUUUGUUCUUCAUCAGAGACUCAGAAACUGCAUUGUUUUGAUGUUAUGUAAACUGCAAAAUCUUUGUUCAGUGUAAAUAGUAAUUCAGUGCCAAUAACAUCCUAGUGCUUUCCUUUUUUAAAAAAUAAUAAUAAUGCAAAGUUAUGUGAUUUUAACUAGUCUUCUCCUGAUUCAACUAAAGUAUUAUUUUCCAAAAGUGGCCUCUUUUUGUCUACAUUUUUUCACGUUCUAACAAAAUAAAAUCAGGACCAGUGUUUGGGGAUUUUGGUUUUCGUUUGGUUGGUUGGGUUUUUUCCUUUUCCUUUUUUCCUUUUAUAUAUAUAAGAUAUAUGUAAAAUAUAUACAUACUUGUAUAUAUAGUUGUGGGUGCUACUGCUGAGGAAACUCAUUUCAGAAACGGAUUAGCCAUAAUGCUGAAGCACCCAGAAAAAGACUAAUUUCCUUGUAGACAUGAAACACUGGUGAAGAUUCUGAAAGCCAGUGACUGAAUUUUUGGCUUUUGCCAAGCAUGACUUUUUAAAUUGGAUUGCACUUUUGGGUUUGACUAUGUACCUGUAGGUCGUUGUAACUUUUGAUCUUUCAGAAAUCAUGUGCAGCAUUUCCAGCAACUUUUGCCAACCGCGUGGUUUGAAUUUGUGAUCAAAAUUUAAUAACAAACUUAUUAAAGCAAGAAAAUGCGCCAUUACCUGUUCAGACUGGAAGACUGAAACUGCAAGUACUUUCCUGUAUCAAAAAAAUGUAUACUGAACAUUUUCUGAUUUUUUAAAAAAAUUAAUAAACAUUGCAAUCACAUGCAAAUAGUCUCAACCUCAUAGCAUUUUAAUCAUGUCCCCAUGCUUAACCAUUCAUCAGGCAUCCGGUAGAGUCCCUUUUUCACAUACCAUAACCCAUCGUAAAGUAGGUGUUUUAAAUGUCCUGUACUGCUGAUGAAAUUACUUUCAAUAGGUCUGCAAGUGUUUCAGUGGAAUUACUAUGCACUUCUUUUAUGGGGAAAUGGGGAGGGAAUGGAGGGAUACACGCAAGUAUUACUUUUUCAGUUGUCUGUAUCAGCCUUGGAUACCUUCUUUUCUUACCUUUAACCAAAAAGAAACAAAAAAUCCACAUCCUUUCUAUGUCUCUUUUAAGUUUUUUUUAAAAAAUAAUAAUUUUAGUCUUAAUUACAUUUUGUUGUUGUUUUUAUUUGCAAGUUUACAUUUUUAAAAUGUUUAACCGUCUUAAUUUAGUAAUUAAAAGAGUAUUUUACAUUUGGAUUUUUGUUCUUUCAUUCAAAUCAUAGCCAGAUGGAGGUUUGUAGCAGAGGAGGAGUGUCCUUGGCCUGUUGGCUCUUGCUGCAGCAGUUGUGUUAUGAAGCUGAUGUGAAACAGCUGGGAUUCAGCCUAAGAGGAUGGCUGGAAGUGAAAGGGUUUUGUACUCUUACAAUUAUUCGAGAAUUACUUUCUUUAGCAUGAGUCUCUGUGCACUGUUGUCAGAAGGAAGAAUAUUUUCUAUGUAGAAAUAAAUAUAUUUUCCCAGCAUUCGCACUUGGAACUCUAUCGCAAAUGAGAUGAAGCAAAACAAAGGUAAAAUCUUAUCCAUAUCUGGAAGAAUCCAAAGGGUCAUUUAUGCUAAUAGAUCUUUAAAAAUGUUACAAGAAACCUCAGAGGGUGUUUGUUUGCUAGACUACUACCAGCAGCUGAUAAUGUGGUGGGGCUGCCCUGUUUACCUGACCUCCCAUCUUGCUGAGUCACUGCAGCAUCCUAGAAUGGAGGCAAUGCAUCGGUGGCAAGGGCAGUGCAGAGCAAAUGGGCUGGCAGGAGUGCUGGAUUGGCUCCACCAGCACAUUUGCAAUGACCCACCUCCUCGUGUGCUGCAGCAACUCAGCCAGGCAGAUGAGCAGCAGGAAGGCUCACUACAAACUACAAAAGUACAAGACAUUUUUUUCCAUUAAAUAAAAAUGUUCUGUAUCACUUUACAAAGCCCUUUCAGGUUUUUCACAAUUGCACCUACCAGCUACAGGGAAGAGUGGGGUCUGAAUUAUAUCCCUGAACAGCUGUUUAUCUAAUGCAGGGGCAGCCAAUCUAUGGCCCUCCAACUCCCACGAGGCCUCACUAGCAUGACAAGUGGACAGGGAUGAUGGGAGUUGUAGUCCAGCAACAUCUGAAGGGACAAAGAUUAGCUCAAUUCAAAAGCUAGCUCUAAUCUGUGAUAUCACCUGCAUACUUAGUGUGUGUGAAUUACACAACUCUCCAAACAUUGUGCGGAUUGGUAAUUGUUUUUAUGGUCCAAACGCACAAAAGACUUAUCACCAUGUAAAGAGUCAGACUGAGAUUAAAAUACCUACAAAUGCAUUAUGUGAAUCAGUCCUCUGUAACAGCAUGGCAAACGUGGUGUGUGUCCCAAGAGUAACUGGUUUCUUUUGACACAGGCUAGCAGCUAGGAUCUCCAGUUUCUUGAAAAUGAUUUUUUGCACUAUCUCAGUUGAUCACAAACAGGCCUACAUUGUCAGGUAUGAAGCCACAGUUUCAUGGUGGAUCAAAUACUUUAAAUGAACCAAGUCCCAGGUGUCAUUGCUGACAUUUCCAAGUUAAAGGAUCUUGGAGCUGAGAAGUUGCUCUCCAUGGAACCCUGGAAAGUUGCUCCUAGUCACAGAAGACUGCUCUGUACAAUGGGCCACUGCUCUGACUCAUUGAAAGGCAGGUCCAUUUAUCUUCAUUAUUAGGUUACCUGAUGCCUGUAUUGUUUGUGAACCAUCAUGUUGAAUAGAGUCCACCACAUUUGGCCUUCUAAAUGCCUGACCUGCAGGCUCCCCCCACCCCUGUUAAUUUUAUUUUAUUUUUAUUGCAUUCAUGUCCCACCUUUUUUUCCUCAGGAGCUCAUAGAUCUUCUCCCCUUCCCCAUUUUAUCACAACAACCCUGUGAGUGUGACAGUAGGUUAGGCUGAAAGGCAGUGACAGGCCCAAGGCCCACCCAGUGAGCUUCAUGACUGAGUAGAGAUUGUUGCCAACAGGCAGCAGAAAAGGAGGUCUAUAAAGGUCAAACAGGCCACAAAAUAAGGCUUGUGUGUUGUAUUCAGUUUGGUGGGCCAACGUAUAACAGACCUGUAAUAAUCUAAGCAAAAUGGGUAACAAUGCUAUUUGUUCUCCAGAUGUUUUCAGGAUAAGUAGCAGACCAAUCUGCACAUUGUCUGAUAUUCUACAGUGAAAAACACAGUAUUUAUAACACUUAGAAGAGAUAUGUGAAAAUGUGUUGGAGGUUGCUGUGACAUAUAAUUGCUCAUAUAAUUAUGUGGAAAACACCUUAAGCAGCUGCUCCGCAAGGAUGAUGUAGAAAAAUGUAUGGACGACACAAUGUUUGGCUCAGAAAACGGUUUGCCUGUUUCAAUUCAAGGCCAACAAAACUUACAGAUUCAUUCAUAAUGCUAAAAUCUCACAGCAUUGCCACAGUCACACCAGAAACCAAUUAUUAUUCAGAGUGUGUAAUAGACAGAAAGAAUGCAUGUAUUUUUUAUUGAAGCGUGGUAUCAUACAUAUCUGUUCAGAAUGUUGCUGAGAGAAUUUCCUUACCUGCCAUUAUUUAAAUCCUUGGCAAAUAUCACUUCUUGUGCUUCUAAUACAGCCAGCUUUUGCCAAUAAAUUAUUGUCUGAUUAUAGUAUGUCUUGGUGGCAUGAUACAGAAAGGAUCUCCAUAUCUCCGGGAGUCUUCAUGCUAACAUUACCCUUGAACAAUGCUGUCUCUAGGGGCAAAAGACACCCAAGUGAUUUCGGAAAUAAUUACUUCUGGCAAAGCCCUUCAUCUCUGAGUAUUCAUGUGAGUACGAAUGAAUUAUUCCAGGAACAGAAGAGGAAACUCCCAGAGGUUGGUAUUUUGUAUGAGUAAUCCUUCAGAUUUGGGGGUUGGGGAAAAUAGUCUGUGAAAGAAAACAGAGAAAGACUGUAAUCCCUGAAGUAUCUAACUGAAUCGGUUGUGGGCAACCAAGCCUUAAAAUGGUCUGCUAGUAAAAAGCCUGCAGAACAGUGUUUUAAUGAAUUUUAACUGUUGGGGAAUGAACUCAAAAGGACUCAUUUAAACAUGCACAAAGGUACUCUUAACAUUUCAUAAAGCUAAAAAUUCCAUAGUCUAGCAAUGCUGUGAUAAAUAUAUUUCAACAUUGAAAUCAUGCCUUCUCUAUUCAGCUCUUAGACCACUUAUUUGAGUACUUUCCCCCUUCCUCAUAUUCUAGCCACACUUUGUGGGCAAGAUAACACGCGCACGUCCCCCCUAAAAAAAAUCCUGACGGCUUCAAAUAAUUUCGAUUCAGAUAUUUAUUCAUUUUUAAAAUCACAUAAAGCCUUUGCCUUGAUAAUAACUGUCUCCCUUUUCAUUAGCUUUAUUUUGUCCAGCACAGCUGGUCCCAUAUCAUCUGCUGCAGAUUCUAAUUCUUUUUGGGUGUGUGUGGUUAUGCAGUCUCAGGGCAACAGUGGGUGGGUGGUCAUUCUUUUAUCCAGCUGAGGAGCAUCAGCCUCUUUCCUUAACUCCAAAACAGCUCUUUUUAACAACUGCGGUAGCAAUAGCAGUGGCUGAAGAGUGCCUGUGGCUGCUCUCUCUUCGCGUUUCUUUUAGCAUUUGGCAUCAUGCACACCCCUUUCCCAUCUCUCUUGAGAUAUCUGUCUACAGACUCAAACCUCACAACUGAGACUCAAACCCAGGCCUCUCUGUCUCUCGCAGGAAGGAAGAGUACAUAGUGGUGCUUGCUUACACUCCAAUUGGCUUUCACAGUCCAGCAAAAUCUCCCUGUUGGACUUAAGGCUGCCUGUUUAUUAAUAUUAUGCAAGACCAGUAGGUGUUUGUCCUAUCUGAAUUUAUUGAUAUGCUUUGUAAACUGGUUUCUCUCCCCCACCCCACCUGUUUUGUAUUUUGAAAAUAAAUCAACUUUUGUUGUAAGCUGCUUCGGGCACACCCGACUCUGGAAAAGGUGGCAUAUGAAUGAACAGAAUCAAAUAAAGAAAUCAAUAAUCUGUAUUCAAGGGGGAAAGGGAGCUUGGCCAAGGAUUCAAAGCAUGUAUACACUGUGUAAGGAUCCCAAAAUUAGAUGAAAGCACACAUGCAGAAAACCCUCUAAAUUAUUAUGUAUUUAGGCUUAGAUUUUCACCCUCCUCCCAUUCUAACACCAGGAGCAAUCCAAAAGUCUAGGUACAAUGAAAUUUUCCAGCUUCUGUUCUAUCCACUUCCUAUUCUAAGAUAGAAAAUUACUUAAGCAAGCAGUUAAUAUUUCAUCGCUGUUAACACCAAAGCUUGCACUUCUUUCAGCAGAGCCCUAUCAUUAAAACUGACCUUCACGGCUCCUAUUAUUCCCAAUGAACCUUCAGAUAAGAUUCGUGUCAUUCAUUUUAGUCUGUCUCCUGUCACAAAGCAAGCAGGAUGAAAAGUGGGAUGUGAUUUGUGUUUACUGAGAAAGAACCUAGGAUGGGUCACAUGGGGAGAGGAACAAAGGAAUCUGUUAUGUACUGAGCUGAAUCCUAGAACAAUAGGAUUCAGAAUCAGCGGGAGCUACCCAAUCCAACGCCAGGUGGAAGUGAAUCCGCAACCUGAUUGGCCUGCUGGAGCAGCCAAUCAGGCGGCUGGCAGAAGUGAAUCUGCUACCUGAUUGGCCUGUAGGAGCAGCCAAUCAGGCUGCAGCCAAAAGUCAAUCCACAAUAUAAUUGGCCCACAGGUGUAGCCCUGAAGUAGCCAAUCACGCAAGGCCCAUUGUGUAAAUAAUGUAUAUAAGCAGAUGGUUUUGGGAAAAGAGCCAUUCGUCUUCUCUUCUCCUCCUUGAUGACUAUGAGCUGAAUAAAGAGCAUGAAAUUCACUCUUGACUCCGAGUAUAUUUCACUGGCGACGAGGAUGGGAUCCUGCUGAGCUGACCGCCACCACGCACUGCACCGCAGCACCGCCACCUGCUGCACCGCUGCAUCGCACCGUGCAUCCAGGCUUCAGCUCCAGGACCCAAGGAACCCAGAAUGGCAACCGACAGCAGCUUCUCGCCAUUCAAACCAGCAUCAGGAGACUGGGAAGGGUACGCCGCCCGUUUCAACUUCCUCCUGCAAGCGAAAGAAGUCACCAACGAUGCCAUGAAGAGGGCGACAUUCUUCAGCGUCUGUGGAGAGGAGACGUUUGAAAUCGCCCGGGCUCUCCUUGCACCUAGAGAUGUCGCUACCGUCUCUUACAAAACAAUAAUGGAACGGCUGAAGGAGCACUUCUCACCACAGCCCUCGGUGGUAGCUUGCCGAAAUGCCUUCUACGCAAAACGGCAAGCCCCGGGGGAAACCAUAACUGGGUUUGUGACCUCCCUCCGCCAAGCCGCCCGGUUAUGCAACUUCUCAGAAUUGGAGAACAUGCUUCGUGACCGCCUCGUCGGUGGCCUGAGGGACGAGAUGUUGCAACGACGCCUCUACGCCAAAAAAGACCUCACGUUCCAGAUUGCUCUGGAGGAAGCCCUGGCAACCGAAGCCGCCGAGAGGUCAACGCAAGAGGCACGACCGGCCCCGCCAUCCCAACCGAGGGUCUACCACGAAGACCUCACCGACGAAUCCGAAUCUGACAGGGAGGAAGUACACCGAGUACAGCGGCGCACUCAAGCAGCACACACACCACAGCAGCCUCGACGAGAAGGAGGGAACUGUGCAAGCUGCGGGGAGAACCACGAGAGGAGGACCUGUCGUUUCCGCAACGCAGAGUGCAGGCAGUGCAGAAAAUUGGGACACAUCGCCCGGGUGUGUCGGGCUCGACUCACCCGUCGACAAGCAUCAGAUGACCGACCCAGGAGCCCCAGGUCACAUGGCACCAUGCACCAAGGCAACUCGACAGAGAUCACGGACUACCAGGUAUUCCAGUUGCCCCAUCCCAGCACAGAGAAAAUUUAUAUAGAGGUACAGAUAGAGGGAGCCCCAUGCCGCAUGGAGCUGGACACGGGUUCAACUCUAUCCAUAAUCUCGGCCCGAACAUUAAGGGAACUGUGCCCUAAUGGGGGUCCCAAACUAAGGCCGGCCCCAUUCACCCUCCGGGACUUCCAGAAACGUAAGGUCCCUACUAUGGGGGUGGGGACCUUCAGGGUGCAAUAUCGAGGGCGAAAGCAACAAUUGGACUUGCUGGUAGUUAAGGGCCCCUACGUUAGCUUACUGGGACUGGCAUGGUUUGGACCUCUGGGGCUAGCCGUUACCGGGGUGAACCGCACUAGCUUACAAGUGGACGUGGACGCCAUAUGCAAAGAGUUUCCAGGGGUUUUCGAUGGGGCAUUGGGACGAUAUACUGGACCCCCCAUUGCCCUACAGCUAGACCCCGCUGUACGACCCAUCAGGCACAAGGCCCGCCGGGUCCCGUUUGCCCUGAAACCCCGCAUAGACGAGGAAUUGGACCGGCUCGUGGAGCAAGGAGUGCUGGAGCCGGUGCCCAACGCCCCCUGGGAAACUCCAAUUGUCACACCCGUCAAGCCUAACGGUUCGGUCCGCAUCUGUGCAGACUACAAAUGCACCAUAAACAAGGCUCUCACGGCCCAUGCAUACCCAGUGCCAGUGGUCAGCCAUGUCCUCGCCAC